AUUGUUCUCAGAUUUGUUUCAUCGGUUUUGGAUCUACUCUUGAAAUAUAAUUUGGACGGUUUGGACAUAGACUGGGAGUUUCCCGCUUGGAAUACACCCUAUCCUGAGGACAAAUAUACAUUCAAUCAGUUAUUAAAAACAUUGAGUUCGCAAUUCUCGAGACAAGAGAAUCGUAUCGACAAUAGACGGCAACUACUGCUGAGUUGUGCCGUCUCAGCCAUAAUCAAUAUCGUGGACGCAGCCUAUGAUAUGCCAGAAAUGGCCAAAUAUCUAGACUUUGUUAAUAUAAUGUCGUAUGACUUCCACCAAUUCACUAGUGUCUGGCCAUUCACUGGUUAUAAUUCACCGCUUUUUGGCCGCAAAGUCGAGAAAACUUACUUCACUUUCUUGAACACCAAU